AUGGGUAUUCCAGGGGUGUUGAAGGAGGUGGGCAGGGGAGACAGGGUGGCUCUCGCCAAGCUAGCCAUCGAGCAUCUGGAGCAUACGCAAAGACCACUACGUAUAGCGAUCGAUGCAGCCAUCUGGAAUUUCCAGACACAGUCCGGACAGGGUGGAAAGAACCCAGCACUACGGACACUAUACUACAGACUGCUCAGACUCUUGGCACUUCCCAUCCAUCCUCUCUUUGUUUACGAUGGCAAGGAUAAACCACUUAGCAAGCGAGGCCAUACGGUUGCUAGAUACGGCUCAUGCAUCGCAAAUGAGACAUCGAAGAGACUGAUUCAACAGUUUCGAUUUCCCUGCCACUCAGCUCCUGGUGAGGCGGAGGCUGAGUGUGCUCAACUCCAAAAACAUGGCAUCGUCGACAUGGUAAUGAGUCAGGAUGGCGACGCCAUUAUGUUCGGCUCGGGAGUGACACUUCGGAACUGGUCAAAAGAGGCUGCACGUGGCAACCACGAACCCACUCAUGUUGACCUGCUCAACCUGAAGAAAAUCAAGCAAGGCCCAGGACUUGACCCUGAUGGAAUGAUCCUUGUGGCAAUGCUGAGCGGUGGUGACUACGAUCAACAGGGUCUGCCAGGCUUCGGUGUUCAUAUGGCCUGCGAUAUUGCUCGGGCUGGAUUUGGUACGGAUUUACUCGAAGCAAUCAGAACUGACGAUGAGAAUGCACUGGAAGACUGGCGAGCGCGAUUAACGUACGAACUCGAAACGAACGAAAGUGGAUACUUCAAGAAAAGGCACAAGACUCUGAAAAUACCAGAGACUUUUCCGGACAGGAAGAUCCUUGACUGCUACCUAAACCCGGCUAUUUCGACCAGAGAGACGCUUGCGAGGUUAGAGCAGAAGUGGGUUGAGGAAUGGGAAGCAAACAUCAAUAUCCCAUCUUUACGAGAAUACGUGGGCCAGAUCUUUGACUGGCAGUACAAGCCAGGAGCGUGGAAGCUCGUUCGGACAAUGACCCGCCCGCUGCUCGCCAAUCGGCUGCAAAAUGGAGUCGUGGGUUCGCUUGUCCCUUCCGUCGAGCACAUCCACGAACGACGCGUGCAUUAUACGACAGGAGGCAUUCCCGAACUGAGAUUAUCAGUGAUACCAGUGGACGUUGUUGGGCUUGAUCUCGAGGCUGAACAGGAUAGCCCCGAGAAUCUGGCGGCGCUCGAGGAGGACCAAGAAAUUGACAACGGGGAAGAGCUAGAGCCCGACAACGCUACGUUGGAAUACAUGGCUCAAAGCCCGACAAAGACAAAGAAACCUCGCUGGAAUCCAUACACGGCAGAAAAGAUAUGGAUUGCAGAGACACAGGUUGAGCUUGGGGUUCCGGCCAUUGUCGAAGAAUGGAAUCAGAUACAGCGAGAAAAGGUAGAGGCUGCCCGCUUAAAAGCCACGCGGAAAGGUCGAGGAGCCAAGGUCAAGGCCGGGCAGGUUCGGCAGACUGAUCGCAUCGAUCAGUACUUCGCCCUAACGAGAACCGCAGCUGGGCCUCAGCCAUCGAAAACUGCCACGAGUGACCAUAUUUCACAUUCAACCCAACAUUACGAGAACGCACUAGCGUCCGACACACCUGCGACUCCGACUAAAAGAAGGAAGCCUGAAGCAGAGGCGGUGCCCGACAAUAGUCCCGAUCUCAAACAGUACUUCAAGCCUGCAAAGGCCGGCUCACGGCCCAUUCUCGACCGAAGAGUAAUGAAGAGCUCCAUGGAUGCACGGGAGAGCCUGAAGCACUCGCGACCGUCGACAUCAAAUUCGAUAUCAAAAGACGAUUUGGACCUGCCUACCACACCCUCUGUGUCGUUUUCGGGUUCGAUUGACAAUCCGAUUGCACUCACAUCAUCACCAACUGUAGUCCUAACUUCCGACGCAACUUCGGACUACAGCCCUCCACGAACACCAGAGAAAAGGAGGGCAGGCAAUUCCGGAUUGAGCACGUCGCCUCCGGUCCGAGGACUGGAAGACUCGGUGACACAACGCAAAGUAAGGCGGAAUGUUCGCAAGAAGCUCACACGCUCCAAGACCGAGGGAGACGCGGCAUCUGAGAGUCCUGGGCCGAUGGAAAAGUUCUUGUCACCGCGUAAGGCCAGACUUGCCAGACCUGUAGCCGCUGCUGCAUAUCUACCUGACGGCUCUGCAGCCAGUGGUGGGCCUGCCGAGUUGACCACUGGUCUGAAGGUGGGAUUUGGACGGAAAAAGGUGUUUGCGAUACCGCGGGAGAGCCUGGAAGGGACUUGGAAGGAGUUGAAUAUGGAAGAUGCUGUGUCUACGACUUCGAGAGGGGGAGGUCGUAUCAGCUGUGUCAACUUGGAUGACGCGUGA